CAUGGGAAAUAAAAUGGUUUAUUUUCUUACGACGUGUAACUCGUAACUUGGCUGGCCGGCGGUCACUGUAGGCUGCUUGGGAGGGACAGGUCGUCCUAACACGGUGGCUUUUGUUGCAGGUUCCCUCGCGCCCCGUCGUUGGUGGUGGGGGGAGUGGGCUGGACACCCCACGUGGUAAUGACCUACCGCUCAGACGGGAGCAUCGAAGAUGUCUCGGGGGCCAUGGGCAACGUGCUGCGGCUGUUCGCCGAGACUCUCAACUUUACGUACAAGGUGAUAGAGCCUGCGGACGGCACUUGGGGCUCCGAGCUGUCUGACGGAACCUGGUCGGGCAUGUUGGGCCAAGUAGUGAACAAGGCAGAUCUUGCCCUGGGUCCCUUCGGCACCACGGUAAAGAGGAUGAAAGUGGUGGACUACACGGCGUCGCUUCAUUACGGUGACCGCAAGAUCCUGUCCAGGAAGGGUGAGCCGGAGAUCGACUCUUGGGGCUUCCUGUACCCGCUGACGGCGUCGGUGUGGGUGGCGGUGGUGUUGACCUUGGCCCUGGCGUGGCUGGUGACGAUGGUGAUGGCGCGGCGCCCCGGGAACGUGACGCCUUUCAACUGGGGAGGAAAAUUGUUACUCAGUUACCUGCGGGUCUUCUUCAACCAAGUGUAUAUUCUGCCAUUACUGCCAGGACUGACGUGGCGGGCAGCUCAGGGCUGCGCCGGGCAGGCCGUGCUGGGGUCGUGGGCGCUAGUGGCGGCCAUGGUCUUUUGGAGCUACACGGGUACUUUGAUCGCCCAGCUGACGGUGCGGCACAUCUCGCAGCCCAUCCAGACCCUCAGAGACCUGCUCGACGACCCCGGCAUCAUACUCUACAUACUCGCAAAUAUCAGUGUCACCGAAAUUAUAUCAGUAAGCAUUUUUUGCAUUAUAAUAAGUAAAGUCUGCCUUAGAAGGAAAUAUAGACUUAAAAUAAGCAUGAAGGACGGGGAGCUGAAGGAGAUGUAUGACCUUGAGAAGAUUGGUCGCCUCCGGUACCACGAAGCGCUCCCCACGUCGGAGAUCCUCUACGGCCGCAGCGCCACCCUCUACACCACCCUCACGCAGGACAUGACGAUCGCCACCUACUUUAAGGAAACAAAGCGGUGUGAUUUCUACAAAUCAAAAGAGGGACUUUUUACCGUUAACAGCCACUGCAUGAUCGGCCAGAAGAACAGCCCCUUAACGGAGGCUCUGAGCCAUAAGUGA